AUGCGCUCGGAGAAGGAGGGGGUCGGAGGCCCUGGGGCGGCAGUUCCUGGGCGGGGCCCGAGCGGGAGGGAGAGGCAGUCGGCUGUGGAAGUCCAGUUCCGCCGGGAGUCGCCGUGGCGAGAAGCAGAGGCACACCCAGCCUUGUCCUCCGGCGGAGGGGUCGGCACGGGCAAACCUCGCGAGGAGAAGACGGCUCUGAGCAAGGUGGUCAUCCGGCGGCUGCCCCCGGGCCUCACCAAGGAGCAGCUGGAAGAGCAGCUGCACCCCCUGCCCGCGCACGACUACUUCGAGUUCUUCCCCGCCGACCUCAGUCUUUAUCCUCAUCUCUACUCAAGAGCAUACAUUAAUUUUAGAAAUCCUGAGGACAUCCUUCUUUUUAGAGAUCGUUUUGAUGGCUAUAUCUUCAUUGACAGUAAAGGCCUAGAAUAUCCUGCAGUGGUAGAAUUUGCCCCAUUCCAGAAGAUAGCCAAAAAGAAGCUAAAGAAAAAGGAUGCCAAAACUGGAAGCAUUGAAGACGAUCCAGAAUAUAAGAAGUUUUUGGAAACUUAUUGUGUGGAGGAAGAGAAACCUAAUGCGAAUCCCGAAACACUUCUGGGAGACAUAGAGGCAAAGACAAGAGAACUUAUUGCUAGAAGAACUACACCUCUUUUGGAAUAUAUUAGAAAUAGAAAAUUAGAGAAGCAGAGGAUUCGAGAAGAGAAGCGAGAAGAGCGAAGGAGGAGGGAACUGGAGAAGAAGCGUUUACGGGAAGAAGAAAAGAGGAAGAGGAGAGAAGAGGAGAGGUGUAAGAGGAAAGAGGCAGACAGAGAGAAGAGAGCUGCUGAGAGAGAAGUAAGGAUUAAGCUUCUUAAGAAACCAGAAAAGGGGGAGGAACCAACUGAGAAGCCAAAGGAAAGAGGAGAGGAAGUGGAUGUUGGAGAUGGGAAGCAGGAGAUGAGUCUUAGCUAUGCUGUCCUGAAGCCCAUGCCCUUGGAGAGCUCGCUGGAGAAGCCCAGGAAAAAGUCACAGAAUGAUAGUGACAAAGAGCAAAGAGAGAUGGAGAGAAGACUUCGAGCAAAGGAGCCUGAGACACAAAGAUGCCACAUGGAUGGCAGCAUGCACAGAGCGCACUCUGAGUUUAACAGGUUUGCGAGGAGAAACGAAGAAGAGCCGAGAUGGGGGAAAGGAGUCCCCCCAGACCGAGGGAAGAAGGGGAACCAGGACAGUAGCAUCCCUGUGGAGGCAGCAGAGUGGCCUGGGAGAGAACACAAGAGUGAAGGUGGCCUAGCACCCAGCAUGGAGCGCCCAGGAAACAAGGAUUUGCCGGCCUUGCAGCUGUACCAACCAGAAGCUCACAUCCGAGCACAAGAAAGUGGUGGGGGAAUCUCUGUUGAGGGCCGUGAUGGGAGCAGGGGUGAGGCUGAAGAUUUGGCACUAGCUGAAGAGUGAAGAGUGAAGAGGCAGGGUUUCAACAGCUGCCCAGUGUCAUCCAAAUAAAAAAAAAGAGAAGAUCUGUAGGACUAUGUUGUCAGGCAUGUGAACUAACAAAUCAAAUUUUCCCCAACACAGAUUCAAAGAAGAAUCCUCCUUGAGGAAUAGGAGGAUUCUUUCCCAAGCACUUUCCACACUUGACCUAAAUAUCAGCGAGAGAACAAGACAGCCAUGGGCAGAGACAGGACAGGUUAUGACAGGCCAACUCAAUCCCACCCACUCUCUAAAGAAGUCACUUGAUUUUGAAAGUACCUGUGCUUCUUCACAAAGGGAAUAAAGCCAUAUUCCCACUGAAAAGAUGGUCCUCAUUAAGAAAUAACAACUGCUUCAGUGAAAUGAUGGAAUCUCACCAUUAGGACUCCCUCACAUUUCGUCUGACAACAGCUCUUUGAAGAGGCAAUUUCGUCACUCUAGGAUGUCCAUUCAUUUACUCAUUCAUCACAUUUGCAGUGAACGCCUCUGUGGGAGGCGGCACUUUUGUAGGCAUCAAGCCUGCAGCAGUGAGCAAAGACCAGCCUCUGACUUCUUGGGGCUCAUACCCUUCACAAAAGGAGGAGAAAUACCUAAAAGGGAGGGUCUUCCUCACGUCCUCUGAGUCAUAAAUGGCAGAACUGAGUCCUCUAGAUCAGGAAUCCUUAACCUGAAAUCCACAUUGCAUGCUGUUGUGACGCUGCUGUUCUUGUGGCCAUCCACGGGCUCCCUAAUUAACCUCACCAUAUUAUGAAUAAGAAGAUCAAACAUUUUUUU